AUGGGUUGCAUAAAAACGAAAUAGAAAAUACAUGCUCAUGGCUACAAAGACUUAAAUUAAGAGUAGUCAUCUCAUGUGAAAUUUGGCCCAAUCGAAGUUGAUAAUAGCUCUUCUUAGGCAGAUUUGCUUGAAGAUUAAGAUAAAAUGAAGGAUCAAGGAACAAAUUAAUCAAAGAUGAAUCUUGGAAAUAAUCUUGAAGAGACAUAAACUCAUAAUGAGAUGAGAUCGAAUUCAAGACAAGAAGUAAAUCCUGCUCAAGGAAUAGAAACUGGAGGGAAUUAAUCGCCUGAUUCUUUGAAUACUGAUGCUCCUCAGUCAAUAAACAUUCAAAUGUCACAAACCAAAAUACAUUAUGGCACUGGAAAGGGUAAGAAGGGAAAGAAACGCAAAAUUGGAACAUGGACCUCUGCUAACAAUAAUGAGUAUAUAGAAGAGAAGCAAUCAUACAUCUUGAUUAAUAUGAAGUCUUACGAUAAAACUCAUUUUAAAAUGUUUCUGAACGUUACUCAUAGUGAAUUUGAAGAAUCAAAGUAUCGCUCAAUUCUUGAAGACAUUUGGAAGAGAUAUAUAAAAUACUUAGGGCCUGGAGUAAAUUAAAUAAAUUUGCUUCCUGAGCAUCUUGACGAUGCAACCUUUGAAAUUAUUAACCCUCAAAUAAAAAUAGUCGACUUGUAAUUGGGAACACCUAGGCUAAUAUAUAUAGACCGCCGACCAAUUCCUGAAUAAAAGAUUAUUGAUUACAUUCAUCGAGAAUACGGUCAAUACUCAUAAGCAAGACUGAGACUGAAUACCGAUGUAUUAAAUAAACUGACACCAUAGAAAUAGAUUCUAAUCAAAAUAUAGGAUUUAAAGCUCGAUUCAACUUAAGAUCUAUACAAGAUAAGCAACGUUCUAUACUAUUCUAUUGCUAAAGAAGAUUAUAAUGAGAAAUUCUACAAGAUUUUAAGGUAGUCUAUUAAAAUAAAAAGUGAACUAGAUAAAGAUUAGAAUUCACAAGGGAUUAAAGAUUGGAUAUAGAUUAAUGCUUAGUUACAGAGAGAGGUGCAAGACUUUGAAAAGAACUCUCUUUUCAUUUGUAUUAAAAUCCUGUUAAAAGAACUUGAAAGUAUUGAUAAAAGUAACCAUGCAACAAAGUACCUAUAGACUUACUUGAAUUUAAAUGAGGAUGAGGAUGAUGAUUUAUAUUAUGAGAGUGGAAUUCUUGUGACAACAUUUUAAAUGACUUAAACUAACUAUUCAAAGUUAAACUAUCAGCUCAUGCUAUAAUCUUAAGACUACCAAAUCCCAUUAAGAUGCACUUUCAAUCUAUAUGGAAGAGUAUUUGAUUGCUUUGCUUUUCCAGACAUUGAAUUUAGAAAUAUCAUUGAAGGCUCAUUUUUAGACAGAAAUAAUGAUUAAACCCAAAAACUAGGCCUUAAUAAACUAAGUGAGAAUUUAAGUAAGAUAUAAAUCUUCAAGACUGCACCAGCCUUAUCUAAGAAAGAAAAAAAAUUAGCAGUGUUAAAGGAACUAGAUAAUUAAGACAAUCAAGAUGAGGAAUAUUUAGAUAUUUUAGAGGAUAAUGAUGAUGAAGAAGAUUAGGAUGAAAAUAAUUAGUAAUAGACUAUAGGGGAAAAAAGAAGUGGGGAAAUAUAUCAAGAGAAUAUGCAGAAGUAUUAAGUGCUAUUCAGAGAUGAAUGUUUAGAAUUAAUAUCCUCAUAGGGAUAAUCCAUAGUCAAUUAAAAAAUUUUGAUUUAAGAAUUCGCUAGAACCAUUAAUGAGGCACUAUUUUCAGAUAAAACUGCCCAAUCUUUAAUUGAUUUAAUGAAUGAUAAGUAUAUGUGUAGUCUUGAUGAACUUGCAAAUUUAGAGGAAAAAGAUAUAUCAUUAUAGAUAAAAUAAAGUAUAUUAGAAAGAGUCAUAGAGAAACUAAACAUUGAAAUGCAAAGUGAAUUCGAAAUAAAAAGUGUUGAGGCCAAAUUUGACCCUAAUUCAAUCAAGUCUGUGCCGAUAAGCAGCUUCUAAAUUUCUGAACAAAUAAACGAAGGUCUAUUUUAUGUGUUUUAUAGGCUAUUCAAGUUUAAGGACUAUAAAUUUGCCUAUGAAACAUUGAACGGUUUUGAUAUUGAUGAUCUUAAGAAUAAUUAGAGAAAUCUGAACUUAUCAUUGAUGAUAUUAAAGAGUAUAUUAUGUUCUUGGUAAGAUAUGGGACUUAGGGAAUCAUAAAAGCAGUAAAUUAUUUAGAUGAAGCUAAAACUUUAAGCUUUGGGUAUAGAUAGAAACUAUAAGAUACUAACGAGUGUUGAUUGA